AUGAUAGAGAAUCAUCGGAACAAUCACUUGAUAUCGCAACCCACGUGGUGAAAUUGUGUUCUAAUUCCAUUCGGAAUGGCAUCAACGACAGAUAUUCCUCCGGCCGUGGGCAACACGCCCACCGCUCCCCUGCUAGAAGAUCUCAACGAGGACACGUCCGCUUCGUCUGCCUCGACGACGACGACGACAGACAGUGGUAAACCUUCGACAUCGUACAGCUUUUCCAUGAUCGGUUCGGAUGGCCCCGGAAGCAGUAGCAGCACCAGCUACAGCACCAAACGACCACCAGCGAAUGAAUUGAACGACGGCACGCAGCAAUCGGCCGGUGGGAGCGGAUCGAACAGCAAAAGCAAGAUACAGCUACAAACGGCACCGGAGGCAGGUGGCGGCGAAGGCGAAGGUGCGGCUGGUUCUUCCUCCACCGAUGCGGGCGAGGAGGAGAAAAAGGAUGAUUCCAUGUUUGAGUGCAACAUUUGCCUGGACACGGCCAAGGAUGCGGUGGUCAGCAUGUGCGGGCAUCUGUUCUGCUGGCCGUGCAUCCACCAGUGGAUGAACGGGUACCGCAACACCUGUCCGGUGUGCAAAUCUUCUAUCAGCAAGGAAAAGGUCAUACCGCUGUACGGGCGCGGUGGCAGCAAGGAAGAUCCGCGCAAAACCGUACCACCGCGACCGGCCGGUCAGCGUACCGAGCCGGAACAACCGCACGGGUUCCAGAGCUUUACCGGGGACGGCAGUUUCCACAUGUCGUUCGGCAUCGGUGCGUUCCCGUUCGGGUUCUUUACCUCAACGCUGAACUUUGGCGAUUUCCGCGGUGCGGGCAAUGUGACGCGGGAGAAUACGCGCGAAGGCGAGGAGGACCAGUUCCUCUCGCAGGUGUUCCUGUACGUGGCGCUCAUCUUUUUAGCCUGGCUGGCCAUGGCUUAG